AUGGAACAUAGGAGGAAGUCUAUGAACGCAUCUUUGGUGAGUGAGGCAUCUUUCAUUGGACUAGUUGAUAAGAAAAAACACAAAGAUGCAACCCUUCAAGCAAUAGAGGACAUAGAAAGCAACUCAUUCUUUGGUAAGGAUGAAUACAUCGUCGGAAGAAAGGAGGAAGUGUCAAGUAUAGUUGCAACCUUGAUUAUCUCCAACAGUCAAGAAAGUAUUUUGGUUAUUGUAGGAAUGGGUGGUGUAGGAAAGAUAACUUCGAAUAGGUUAGUGUACAAUGAACCUGACCGAGAAAAGAUAUGUCGUCGUCCUUGA